GACUGAGUAAGUUUUUUAGAGGCAGGGCUGAGGCUGUGAGCAGCAGAAUUCACAACAGCAGGUGGAUUUGUCAAAGGAGAAGGGGAAGCUCACCCAGCAAUUUAUUUUAACGUACAAAACCUACGUUUGGAACCACCGCAGGUAAUGGAAAUGUCUAGUUUUACAAAAAAAUGUCUUCCUCAAAAUGCUACUCAAACUUCACAACCUGAUGGGACAAAGUACAACAACAACAACCCUAAGGCAGAAGACAGCCAGCACAGGGGCUACAAUGGCUUUGUUCCAAUACAAAACAGUUACAUGCAGCCAAGUCCAGUGAUGGCUGCUCCCAGCAUGCACUUUGUACCAAUGAACCUCCAGCCGCUUUCCCAGAGUAUAGAGACACUUCCCAAUAUCAAUGGCCAGACUAACUUUGUACCGGAGGUGAUGUUGCCCAAUGGGAUGAAUAUGCGUCCAGUUGGAUUGCUGAAUGGAGAGCUUUUGUACAAAGUUACAGCUCCACCUAACAUUGCUGCACCCCUUCCUGCCAAUGCUCCCAAGAUAAAGAAGAAAACUAAAAAAAUAGACGACCAAGUUGAAGACCAAACAUAUGUGAAGAAGCCUCUAAAUGCCUUCAUGUUGUUCUCGAAGGAACACAGACAAGAUGUCAAGGCCAAGUCUUCCUCUACAAAUAUUGCUGUUAUAAAUGAAACCUUAGGAAAGAUGUGGCAUUUGCUACCUGAUAAAGAGAAAGCCAAAUAUUUCGAGAAGGCGGACGAAGAGAGGAGACGUCAUUCUCAGCAGCAUCCAGACUGGUCCUGCCGCCACAACUAUGGCAAAAAAAAGUAUGAUAAAAGGCGCAGGACCAAAGCUACAGCAGCAUUGUCUUCUCAAAUAUUGUAAACUAAAAAGACUGACUGUCAACAGCUCGUUGCCUCUUCAUCAACAGAGUUCAUCAACCACAUGAGUGCAAGUCUCUGGGACAAGAAAAUACCAAAUAGCUCAAUACUUUGACCCAUAGACUUCAUAAUGUAUUGACGGGACACAUGCGCAGGGCAGAUUCAUAGGGGGCCUAUAUCCGUCAAAGCUGACCGAAUGGAAACACAGACAUUAUUCCGUUGAAAAUUCUUGUGAAUAAAUGCUUAAAUCCCUGAAUUCUUUAUUGAUAUGGACGUAAAACAGUUGGUUAAAAGCAAAAAAAAACAAAAAAAAACGUGCAGGUAGCAUUUAUUUUACGUAAAUAUUGCAAACUCUGAGGCUAGUCGGUAAAGAAAUCAGCAGCCGCCAUAUACAGGGUGUUCCAAAAUGUUUGACCCCAUUUUGUAGGCCAAUAGUUUUGAGAAUUUUGGUUGGAAUGACCUCAAAUUUUCUCAGCUUGUGUAGAAUAGAUUCAAGUUUUUGUGUAUAACGUUUGGAAUUUCUAUCUUUUCAGGCUAAGAAAUGCCGUUCACUUAAAAAGAAAAAGGCAUUUUGCGUGUUAGAGUAUGCUCGGACUCAGUCAUCGAAGACAGUGCAGCGUGCCUUCUUCACAAAUUUUGCAAAGAAGCACCAACUACAAACAAGUAGUCACAGGCGGCGCUCAUAUUGAACAUUUAUGAAAAUCUGUCAUAGAACCAACAAAUAUUUGCACUUUUCUUUGUAAAUUUAACCAAUAAAACUUAUGACCUUCAACAUAAAGUGUAUUUAGUUUCAUGAAGCUCCAUCAUGUAGUUUCCGAGAUACGUGCAUUUAGAAUGGGGUCAACCAUUUUGGAACACCCUCUAUAAACAAAGACCUUUUUCCAUUGAAAAUUCUUGUGAAUAAAUGCUGAAAUCCCUGAAUUCUUUAUAGAUAUGGACGUAAAAGAGUCUCGAUUCUUGGUUAAAAGCAAAAAAUCGUGCAGGUAGCGCUUAUUUUAUGUAAAUAUUGCAAAUUCUAAUGCCAAUGCAGUAGCGGCUAAUUUUGCCCACUGAUUUUUUUCACAAUACAUGCAUGGUACGAAAAAUAUAAUAAUUACCUUGAAUCCUCGAACAAAUCACUCCUGAGACAAUCCUUCCUGUUUGUAUGCAGUACAGCUUUUGUACUUUUUCAACCUAAAUCCGGCAUUAGAUCGCUGCAUGUUACAGAAUGCUAAUAAUUGAAGCCGAGUAUUAGCCGACCCCCAUCGGGAAGGCGUGAUGCAGUGAAUGGGGAAUGUAUCAUGUCAAUACAUUACGAAGUCUAUGUUUGACUUACAUGUUAUCAUGGAAUCAGUUGUAUCCGUACAUUUUAACAUUCAAUAGGUGAAAAUGUUUCUGUUGUAAUACAAGUACAAACAAAUAAGCAAGCAAUAGCUUUGUGAAGAUAUUUUAUGUACAGUGCCUUGCGAAAGUAUUCGGCCCCCUGAACUUUUCAACGUUUUGCAACAUUUCAGGCUUCAAUCAUAAUGAUAUGAUUUUUUUUUUUUUUUCAAAAAUCAACAACAAUUGGGACACAAUCGUGAAGUUGACUGUGUGUGGUGGCUGCAAAUGCUAUAUCUUCUCUGCGUUGGGUACACUACAGGGUGUUAAGAAAAAGAUCAACUCCUGUCAUUCAUCCCCACGUCGCUUCCCACAAUAUUUAUAGUUACUGUGGGAGAGAUGACAAAGCUUUUGUCAUUUAAAAUCACGGCCCCAAUGAAUACUUGUAUCUACUGCACUCACUUGACACUGCCUCUUAUCUCUGUAUAUAAGUAAAACGGCACCACUGUAGGCUGUUUGCAGCAAUGCAUUUUAUUAUCAUGAGUUAUUUAAGACAGCAUUGGAUCAUUCAGAGAUCCUCACUGAACAUCUGGAGUGUGUUUGCUGCACUGAAAGUAAAGGGGCCGAAUAAUAUUGCACACCCCACUUUUCAGGUUUUUAUUUGUUAAAAAAGUAUAAAACAUCUAAUAAAUUUCAUUCCACUUCACGAUUGUGUCCCAAUCGUUGAUUUUUGACCAAAAAAAAAAAAAAAAAUUUAUAUCUUUAUGUUUGAAGUUCAAGGGGUCCGAAUACUUUCGCAAGGCACUGUAUUUAUCAAUCGCUGAUGACCUGUGAUUUCUUUUGCAGGAAGUAUCUCAUUACUUUGUUAGUACUAUUAACUGCCCCACAACCGGGAAUUUAACUAGGAUUUUUGAUUUGCUGUCUUACUGGAAACGAUGGUAAAUAAAGCUCAGAGACUGUUAUAUUGAUUUCUUGUCUCUAGAGCUGAUGCAACAGCAGCAUCAGCUAGAAUGAUGGGGAUUCGUUUAUAACGUGUGUGUGCGAGUGCAAAUUCGUGUGGCCUUUAUCAAUAAUCAGACUGAUAACUCCAUGCCUAUCAACGGAUCAUAAUGCAAGCAGCAAUGUUUUAAUUCAGAAACUAAUCUUAUCAAGGCCACAUAUUAAAUAUGUAUAGGCUACUUCGUUUUCAUACAAAGUAGUCAACCUCAAACAUUAUACAAAACAUACACUAGAGGGUAGUAUAGUCUAAAGCAUUUUGACACCCUUAGACUAGUUAUGGCACGCAAAAGUGCGCCUUCAAGUGCAAUACCCUCCUUCCCCCCUUCUUGUACAAGCUAGUUCCAGGCGCAUAAUAUUACUCUUAAAAUGUAAAACUGUGUUUACAUUGUUUACCUCACAAAGCUAAGCAUUAAGCCAGUCAAAGCGGAUAAUCGGCAAUGGGCCUUCCCUAUUUGUCAUAAAGCUAUAUAAAUAUAUAUAUAUUCUUUUUUAAAUGAAUACAUAUAAAUAAGAAUUGACGUGAUAGUGAAGUCUGCACUAUUUUAGCACUA